GCCGGGGCCCCGCGGGCCGCCGCGGCGGCGCAGGCAGUGUGUGCUGGCACUGAGAACAAGCUGAGCUCCCUGUCUGACCUGGAGCAGCAGUACCGCGCCCUGCGCAAGUACUAUGAGAACUGUGAGGUGGUGAUGGGCAACCUGGAGAUCACCAGCAUCGAGCACAACAGGGACCUCUCCUUCCUGAGGUCUAUCCGAGAAGUCACGGGCUAUGUGUUGGUGGCUUUGAACCAGUUUGAGUACCUGCCCCUGGAGAACCUGCGCAUCGUUCGUGGGACCAAGCUCUACGAGGAGCGAUAUGCUCUGGCCAUAUUCCUUAACUACAGGAAGGAUGGGAACUUUGGACUCAGGGAACUUGGCUUGAGGAACCUGACAGAGAUACUGAAUGGAGGGGUGUACGUUGGCCAGAACAAAUUUCUCUGCUUUGCAGACACCAUUCAUUGGCAAGACAUCGUGCGUAACCCCUGGGCCUCCAACUUCACUCUGGUUCCAACGAAUGGCAGCUCAGGAUGUGGUCGUUGCCACAAGUCCUGCACAGGGCGAUGCUGGGGACCCACAGAGAAUCACUGCCAGACCUUGACCAAGACCGUGUGUGCAGAGCAGUGUGACGGACGCUGCUACGGGCCCUACGUCAGCGACUGCUGCCACCGCGAGUGCGCCGGGGGCUGCUACGGACCCAAGGACACCGACUGCUUUGCCUGUAUGAAUUUCAAUGACAGUGGUGCUUGUGUCACACAGUGCCCCCAGACCUUUGUGUACAACCCCACCACCUUCCAGCUGGAGCACAAUCACAAUGCCAAGUACACCUACGGGGCUUUCUGCGUCAAGAAGUGCCCACACAACUUUGUGGUAGAUUCCAGCUCUUGUGUCCGGGCAUGUCCGAGCUCCAAGAUGGAGGUUGAAGAAAAUGGUAUUAAGAUGUGCAAGCCCUGCACUGACAUUUGUCCUAAAGCCUGUGAUGGCAUUGGAACAGGGAGUUUGGUGUCAGCUCAGACAGUGGAUUCCAGCAACAUUGACAAGUUUGUAAACUGUACCAAGAUCAAUGGCAACCUCAUCUUCCUUGUCACUGGGAUUCAUGGAGACCCGUAUCACACGAUCGCUGCCAUCAAUCCAGAGAAAUUAAAUAUCUUCCAAACAGUGAGAGAGAUAACAGGGUAUUUGAACAUACAGUCAUGGCCUGAGAAUAUGACAGACUUCAGGGUGUUUUCUAACUUGGUUACCAUUGGUGGGAGAGCUCUCUACAGUGGCCUUUCCUUGCUCAUCCUAAAGCAACAAGGCAUCACUUCCCUGCAGUUCCAGUCCUUGAAGCAAAUCAGUGCUGGCAACAUCUACAUCACAGACAACAGCAAUUUGUGCUACUACCACACUGUCAACUGGACCAGCCUGUUCAGCACACCCAGCCAAAAGACAGUGAUCCACAGGAACAAAAGGGCAGAGAACUGCACUGCCGAUGGGAUGGUGUGCAACGAGCUGUGCUCCAGUGACGGCUGCUGGGGGCCGGGGCCAGACCAGUGCCUGUCCUGCAAGCGCUUCAUCCGGGGCAGGACCUGCAUAGACUCCUGCAACCUCUACGACGGGGAAUUCCGAGAGUUUGCAAACGGCUCUGUGUGUGUGGAGUGUGAUCCCCAGUGUGAGAAGAUGGAAGAAAACAUGAUCACCUGCUACGGGCCGGGACCUGACCACUGCACAAAGUGUUUCCAUUUUAAGGAUGGUCCAAACUGUGUGGAAAAAUGCCCUGAUGGCUUGCAGGGGGCCAACAGCUUCAUUUUCAAGUACGCCGAUGAGGAUCGGGAGUGCCAUCCAUGUCAUCCCAACUGCACCCAAGGGUGCAUAGGGCCACACCUGGAGGACUGCAUUGGGCUGAUGGAUAGAACCCCCCUGAUUGCUGCUGGAGUCAUUGGUGGCCUCUUCAUCAUCGUCAUCAUGGGCCUGACGUUCGCCGUGUACGUUCGGCGCAAAAGCAUCAAGAAGAAGAGAGCGCUGCGAAGGUUCCUGGAGACUGAGCUGGUGGAACCCUUGACCCCGAGCGGCACGGCGCCCAACCAAGCCCAGCUCCGCAUCCUGAAGGAGACAGAGCUGAAGAGAGUCAAGGUCCUGGGCUCCGGAGCCUUUGGAACAGUGUACAAGGGGAUCUGGGUCCCUGAGGGUGAAACAGUAAAGAUUCCUGUGGCCAUUAAGAUCCUUAAUGAGACCACUGGUCCAAAAGCCAACGUGGAAUUUAUGGAUGAAGCUCUCAUCAUGGCCAGCAUGGACCACCCACACCUGGUGAGACUCCUGGGUGUCUGUCUGAGCCCCACCAUCCAGCUGGUCACUCAGCUGAUGCCUCACGGCUGCCUCCUGGAUUAUGUCCAUGAACAUAAGGAUAACAUUGGCUCCCAGCUCCUGCUGAACUGGUGUGUUCAAAUAGCUAAGGGAAUGAUGUACCUGGAAGAGAGGAGACUCGUGCACCGGGACCUGGCAGCCCGUAAUGUCCUGGUGAAAUCACCAAACCACGUGAAAAUCACUGACUUUGGCUUGGCCAGACUCCUGGAAGGGGAUGAGAAGGAGUACAACGCUGAUGGGGGCAAGAUGCCAAUUAAGUGGAUGGCUCUGGAGUGCAUACACUACAGGAAAUUUACCCAUCAGAGUGAUGUGUGGAGCUAUGGAGUGACCAUCUGGGAGCUGAUGACCUUUGGUGGGAAGCCAUACGAUGGAAUCCCAACUCGAGAGAUCCCCGACCUCCUGGAGAAGGGAGAGCGCCUGCCCCAGCCCCCAAUCUGCACGAUUGAUGUUUAUAUGGUGAUGGUGAAGUGCUGGAUGAUUGAUGCUGACAGUCGGCCAAAAUUCAAGGAGCUGGCUGCUGAAUUCUCUAGAAUGGCUCGAGACCCUCAGAGAUACCUGGUAAUUCAGGGAGAUGAUCGUAUGAAGCUCCCAAGCCCAAAUGACAGCAAGUUCUUCCAAAAUCUUCUUGAUGAGGAAGACCUGGAAGAUAUGAUGGAUGCUGAAGAGUAUCUUGUUCCUCAAGCCUUCAACAUUCCUCCUCCCAUCUACACCUCCAGGACAAGAAUUGAUUCCAACAGGAACCAGUUUGUGUACCGGGAUGGCGGCUACACCGCCGAGGUGCCCAUGCCAUACAGGGCUCCGGGCUGCAUCAUUCCAGAAGCCCCAGCUGCUCAAGGAGCCGCAGCAGAGAUCUUUGAAGACUCUUGCUGCAAUGGCACGAUGCAGAAACAGGUGGCAACCCUGGCAAAAGAGGACAGCAGCACGCAGAGGUACAGCGCUGACCCCACCGUCUUCAUUCCCGAGCGGGUCGUGCGGGGAGAGCUGGAUGAGGACGGGUACAUGACGCCGAUGAGAGACAAACCUAAAACAGAUUACCUAAACCCAGUGGAAGAGAACCCAUUUGUUUCCCGACGAAAGAAUGGAGAUCUCCAAGCUGUGGACAACCCAGAGUACCACAGUGCUCCCAACGGGCAGCCCAAAGCCGAGGACGAGUACGUGAACGAGCCCUUGUACCUCAACACCUUCGCCAACACCUUGGAAAACGCCGAGUACCUGAAGAACAAUUUGCCAGAGAAAGCCAAGAAGGCCUUUGACAACCCAGACUACUGGAACCACAGCCUGCCCCCACGGAGCACCCUCCAGCACCCGGACUACCUGCAAGAGUACAGCACAAAAUACUUUUACAAACAGAAUGGACGGAUCCGGCCCAUAGUGGCAGAGAAUCCUGAAUACCUCUCUGAGUUCUCCCUGAAGCCUGGCACUGUGCUGCCCCCGCCGCCCUACAGACACCGGAACACCGUGGUGUAGCGGCUGUGCUCUCACUGAAGUGGAAAGGCAACCCCUUCUAGCUGCCUCACUCGUACUCUCUCGCUCCCCCUUCCUCCCUGCCCUUGCCCCUCCUUCCACCCUCCCUCCCUCUUUUUCUCCCAUGAGCUUCCUCUUCUUGCCAGUUCACUCAUUUUUGAUAUUUCUAAGUGAAAGGAUGUCUUGGAGUUGGUUGCAGAUUGGGUUGGGAGCCUGGAAGGAAGGAAAGAAAGAGACUGAAAGAAGGAGUGUACAACCUGGCCUUUCCCACUGUCGGCAGACACGGGGGUUGGAUGCCCAAGGAAGCCAGGUGGUGCUAGGAAAGGCCAGUGGCAGUGCUGCUGUCGAGCUCGUUCUCAGUGAUUCAACUGUAGGGAAAGCCACAGAAAGGCCGAUUCUUUCAGCAGGAACUGAUGAGAGUCUGUACAGCAUUCCUGGAAAUCUCCAUGCAAUUUCCAUCAGGGUGAAAAAUGGACAAUUUUUAUAUCCUGUGUGAUAGCGUAGUAAUUGAGAUUGAGAAUCCAAUUUCUUUCUCUAACACUUUCUAUCCCAGCAACUGAAAAUGGCUAACAUAGCUUUUCAAAAACAUUCAGAUCUUCAUUGUGGCUUUCCAAGAAAUGAUGAUGUGACUCCCACAAACAGCUAAGCCCCUCUUCUGAGCCACACCGUGAUUUUGUGCCAAUUCCCAGCCACGGAGACUCCUGCUCAGAACUGGUACCUGACAUGACCAUUUUUGUAUGUGUGCCAACACAACAAUCACUUUAAACACAACACCUUUCAGAAGAGAGUAACAAAACCACACCUCCAAUAUGUUCAUUUGAAGCUAAAAACCAGGCCAAGAAAUGAAGAUUUGUAUCCCAAAAGCAUUGCUUUCCUGUUUUAUACCUGCUGACUAUAAACACUUCAAAAGAUUGUCGCUAAUUCCUCCCUCUUUUUCUUCUUCAUGGUCAUGAAGGGAGCUGGGGAUGCUGUCAGGCAACACUGAGGACAAGACAGAGAACUGAAGAGUUUGAUUUUCUGUGGGGUGGGGUGGGAAGGGUCCUUUAAACUGGAAGACAGACACUGGACUGGAGAAAACGCACAUAGCGGUUCACUGGAAAGUUAGUUUGCACUUAACCUCUGAUUUUAUUUGAACUGUUUUCUGGAUUUUGAAUGAAGCAAUAUGGAAGUGACCAGCAAAAUACAAAAUAAUAAUUUUAAAUUAAAAAAAGAAAUAUAAAUUAUUUGUAAAGGAUGACUGUGGAAAUGCCAAAAUGAAGCAAAUCGAGUCUUUGGAACAAAGUCUGCCACUCCUGAGAGGCCGAUGCAGUGACUGCUUCAGAGAAUACAGUGAGAGAGCAGCCAGCUCUUCCUGCUGCUCUAUGAAGGACAGCAGAGCAAGCCCUGGAAAGGAUCAGGGGAGGCAAAUGUCCUGCUCUGGCUUGCAGCAUGAUACAGAAUACCAUUUUUCUAAAAGGAGGAUUACUCUGGCACAGAAGACAGUGCAUAUGAGGUUUGAGAAGUCAAAAUGUGCAUGAUUUGCAGAGCUUUCUGUCAAAAAUGUAAAUAAGUAUGAGUCAGUCUCCUUGCACUUAGUUCUGCUUUUAUCAACCUCAGUUUUUAGGUAGACACCCCCUGACCUGCUCCUCUUUGGAAAUCUCUUUCAAACCAGAGUUCUGGACGUUUUUAGUGAUCUGGGGCAGAUGGAGCUGGGAAGGGAGACACCAAGGCUUGCUCCUGGCACUCCAACCCUGUGUGUGUAAGAGCAUUUGUGAGCCUACUUCCCACCAAACAUCUUAAGGAACUAUGAGGUACCUUUGGAGAUCUGCCUGUCUCUAUCCAUCAAGGCUUUUCAAGGGAAGAAACAAUACCUGGUGGAUGGCAACCUUGGGUGAUGCAACAGUAUUUCAGUUUAUGUGCUUCAGCUCUGUUAGGGCUGAGAUCUUUGGGGUGACCUAACCUGGCAACAAACCCAGCAACAACCAGAGGUCUGGAAAUGGCAUCACCCUCCUCUAAAUUCCUGCCAUUCCAACAGCUUGCCACCUUUAAUCUUAGGGAAGCAGAGGAAGGGAGUAAGAAACAAGCAAUAGCUACCUGAAGCUUAGUAGGUCAGCUUGACAAAGGUGUGAAGAGAUGUUAAACCUGGCUUGGUUGUUAUCCUUGUCGAUGGAAAACAAGCUGUGUU